UGCGCGAGGUCGUUGCGCCGGGGCUUCAAAGCCGGGUCCAACCCCUGCCCCAACGACCUCAAGAACCGAUUUCCGUCAAGCUUGGAGACCAGUUACAACAUCAGCAAGGAUCAUGGCCUGAAUCCGCUGGAUGCCAUUUGGGACACGGCGAAGCUCCGGGAGGCCAUGCAGGCAGAUGCGGAGUGGAAGAUUGGCAUGCACUGGGUGCUGAAGGCCACCUUCUACUCUGACAGCAACGUGGACCGGACCAUCGGCUUCGCCGGGCCCAACGGAGGAUUCCUGACCAUCACGAUUCCUGCCGGCGCACAAGGCCUUGUGAAGCAGGUGGGAGGUCCGGUGGGGCAGGCGGCGGACAAGCUGGAGUUCCAGUACCUGAAACCCGGGAACUGGACCUCUGGGCAGAUCUUCAUGACUGACAUUUGCCUCACACCGCAGUCCUGCGAUACCUACCAGUGCCCGUCCCACUCCAAGCUGAAGGGCACAGGCGUCUUCGGCCACUCCGAGGCGCGCUGCUGCCAGCAGCGCCUCUGUGAGGAGGAGAAGGUGGUCUGCCCGGAGGGCAAGUACACGCAGCAUAAAAACUUUACAAACGGGAAGCCUGGCUUCAACGUGGAGACGUGCUGCGUGCCGACCCUCUGCCCAAAGAACCUCUGCGUCAAUGAGACAAAGUGGAAGGACAAAGGCGAUGCUGGCAUCUUGGGCAGCACUCCGGAGGACUGCUGCGAAGAGAGGUUGUGCGCAACUCACACCUGCAGCGAGCCGGGCAAGAACAAAAAGCUGGACAUCUGGGAGUCCGAAGGCGUAGCGCGGAAGGGCAGCACCGACGCGGAGUGCUGCCAGCCCCUCUACUGCAAGGACUUCCUCUGUGAGCCAAAUGGCACCUAUGGCCUGAAGCCUGGCGCGGACACCUUGAAGGGCUCGGACAGGGACACUUGCUGCGACGUGAUGAAAUGUGACACCUUCAAGUGCCCCAACAACACGCAGUGGCGGCCGAUUCCGGGUGCGCUGGUAGGCAGCACCAAAGAUCAGUGCUGCGAGAAGCUGACCUGUGACAAGUACGCCUGCAGUGAUGAGUCACUGCAGCUGUUGGUGAACCCCGGGAAGCGCCUGGGCAGCACGGAUGAUGAGUGCUGUGAGAGGAAGAGCUGCAAGGAUUGGACUUGCAGCGAUGCCACCAAAUGGGUGCACCGUGCAGAUCAGAACGCCAUGACCAACACGGAUCGUAAAGGCUGGUCUGAUGAGGAGUGCUGUGAGAAGCUGGUUUGCCUGCCUGAGAUUUGCGACCCAGCAUCGCAGUGGAAGCCCAAGGAGAACGACGGCACCUUGCUGGGCAGCACUUUCGAGCAGUGCUGUGAGAAGAUCUACUGCGACGAUUUUGUCUGCGACACUGACCGGAACGGCACGGGUGUUGGCACUCAGUGGUACAAGAAGCGCGACACCAACACCUACAAGUGGCAGGGAAGCACGAAUGAGGAGUGCUGCCUGCCCAUGUACUGCAGCCAGUACACAACUGAGCACCCCACGCGGUGGAAGAGGAAGACCCAGCCUGGUGUUUUGGGUAGCACCGAUGUCGAGUGCUAUGACCCCCGCUGGUGCUCUGACUACUGCUGCGCUAGCGAGAAGAAGGUGCUGAUGCCAGAUGCAGAGAAGCAGCAAGGCAGCACUGACGAGGAGUGUUGCAUCGACAAGCCGUGAGAGCUCCUCCGGGCCCGCUGACGAGGAGAAAGGGCGAGGCAGCGAGGGU